AUGUUUGAUCAUACUCAGUAUCCCUAUAAUUGCUUCAAUUAUGAAGGGGAUGACUAUCCAGCCUGCAGCUCAGAUGAAGAAAAGAAAUUUAAUAGACCAGCCUACAGUUACAUUGCCUUGAUUGCAAUGGCCAUCCAACAUAGUCCUCAUAGCAAAGUGACCCUGUCUGGAAUAUACGACUUUAUCAUGAAGAAGUUUCCCUACUACAGAUCUAAUCAAAGGGCAUGGCAAAACUCCAUUAGGCACAAUUUGUCUCUCAACAGUUGUUUUGUGAAGGUUCCAAGGACCGAAGACAACGAGAAGGGUAAAGGAAACUAUUGGUCUUUUGCAUCUGGCUGUGAAUCGAUGCUUGACCUCUUUGAAAACGGCAAUUAUAAAAGGAGACGGAGAAGAAGGAACAUGAAGAAAUGCCAAAAAGAUAGGAAACAAAGUCAAACACAAGGACUUCAUCCUGGGGAAUUUUCAACCUCCAGCUCUACCGCACAUGUUAUAUAUGGUAAUGAAAAGAGAACUGAAUCAACGGCCAGACAAAUAGAAUCAGACACUUUAUAUCCAAUCUCCAACAGACAGAGCCAAACUAGCUCCAGCAUUGGAAAAUCAGACGAAAUCAAAUUUAGCAUUGAUUAUAUUUUGUCAGCUCCAGACCCUCUGCCCGUUCUACGAUCUCAGCACAAUUUUCUUGAUAACAAGUAUCAUAUGGUUGAAACGCAGCAGCUAAACCUUCAGUUCUGGAGCCUGUGA